GUUGAGUGUGGACAGGACCUCCCAAACUGGGAAUCUGGGAAGAGUGAGGGAAUGAGAGAGAGAGAUCAACUCAGCUUUAGAAUCCUUUCUUCUGACCAGCUCUUCUCCCACGUGCCACUGAGUCUCGGUGUAGAAGCGGUCGCAAUCCAUCAAAGUGGGUAAAAGCCCAGGUUUUAGGGUCAGAUGGGAUUUCAUUCUGGGCAAGUUACAUAACCUCUAAACCUCAACUUCACUACGGUGUAGGUGAGGACGACACGCUUACCCGGAGAAUUAAACGCGAGGACACGUGCAAAGUGCAUCCACACUGGGCUUAACGCAUCCACUACCCCAUUAGUAAAGAACUGUGGCUGGUGAUGGCAAGUGGCAGGUGGGGCGCAGAGCUUGCAGGCGAAGGUCCCCAGGCCAGCCGGUCUCACCAUGUGACCUUGAACUAGUCAUCUCCCCUCCGUUGUGAGAUGGUGUAGGCACGCACCACUGCAUGGCUGGCGGGCCGGGAGUGGCAGGAGAAAAGAGGGGCUGAUGUCCACCAUGAGAGGCAUCAUCUCUCCUGCUCUGACGUUUCAGUCCUGGGAAGACAAGCACCAUGUCUCUGAGCAGCGCCUUCAGGGCUGUGGGCAACGACCCGGGGAUCAUCACCUGGAGAAUAGAGAAAAUGGAGCUGGCACUGGUGCCCCUGAGUGCCCAUGGCAACUUCUAUGAAGGUGACUGCUACAUCAUCCUCUCGACACGGCGAGUGGGCGGACUCCUCUCCCAGGACAUCCACUUCUGGAUUGGGAAGGACUCCUCCCAGGAUGAGCAGAGCUGUGCGGCCAUCUACACCACACAGCUGGACGACUACCUGGGAGGCAGCCCCGUGCAGCACCGAGAGGUCCAGUACCACGAGUCCGACACCUUCCGGGGCUACUUCAAGCAGGGCAUCAUCUACAAGAAGGGGGGUGUGGCCUCUGGGAUGAAGCACGUGGAGACCAACACCUACGAUGUGAAGCGGCUGCUCCACGUGAAGGGGAAGAGAAACGUCAGGGCCACCGAGGUGGAAAUGAGCUGGGACAGUUUUAACCGAGGAGAUGUCUUCUUGCUGGACCUCGGGAAGGUCAUUAUCCAGUGGAAUGGCUCAGAAAGCAACAGUGGGGAACGCUUGAAGGCUAUGCUUCUGGCAAAGGAUAUCCGGGACAGGGAGCGAGGGGGCCGUGCUGAGAUAGGAGUGAUCGAGGGAGACAAGGAGGCGGCCAGCCCAGAGCUGAUGAAGGUCCUUCAGGAUGCCCUUGGUCGGCGCUCCAUCGUCAAGCCUGCAGUCCCCGAUGAGAUCACAGAUCAACAGCAGAAAUCAAAUAUCAUGUUGUAUCAUGUCUCAGACUCGGCUGGGCAGCUGGCGGUCACGGAGGUCGCAACGAGGCCUCUGGUCCAAGACCUACUGAGCCAUGAUGACUGCUACAUCCUGGACCAAGGUGGAGCCAAGAUCUAUGUGUGGAAAGGAAAAGGAGCCACGAAGGUGGAGAAACAGGCGGCCAUGUCUAAAGCUCUGAGCUUCAUCCAGAUGAAAGGCUACCCCAGCAGCACCAAUGUGGAGACUGUCAAUGACGGUGCUGAGUCAGCCAUGUUCAAGCAGCUGUUCCAGAAGUGGACUGUGAAAGACCAGACCACGGGCCUGGGGAAAACCUUCAGCAUUGGGAAGACUGCUAAAGUUUUCCAGGAUAAGUUUGAUGUGACUCUGCUACACACCAAGCCAGAGGUGGCUGCCCAGGAAAGAAUGGUGGAUGACGGCAGCGGGAAAGUUGAGGUCUGGAGAAUUGAGAACCUGGAGCUGGUCCCCGUGGAGCGUCAGUGGUAUGGCUUCUUUUAUGGGGGAGACUGCUACCUGGUUCUCUACACGUACGAGGUGAGCAGGAAGCCACACUACAUCCUGUACAUCUGGCAGGGCCGCCAUGCCUCACAGGACGAGCUGGCAGCCUCAGCGUACCAGGCGGUAGAGGUCGACGGGCAGUUUAAAGGGGCUGCGGUGCAGGUUCGAGUCAGCAUGGGGAAGGAGCCACGCCACUUCAUGGCCAUCUUCAAAGGGAAGCUGGUUAUCUUUGAGGGGGGCACUUCCAGGAAGGGAAACGCCGAGCCUGACCCUCCGGUAAGACUCUUCCAGAUUCAAGGAAAUGACAAAUCCAACACCAAGGCGGUAGAGGUCCCAGCCUUCACCUCCUCCCUCAACUCCAACGAUGUCUUUCUGCUGCGAACACAGACAGAGCACUACCUAUGGUAUGGCAAGGGCUCUAGUGGGGACGAGCGGGCCAUGGCCAAGGAGCUGGCUGGGCUUCUCUGUGACGGCACCGAGGACACUGUGGCCGAGGGCCAGGAACCCACUGAGUUUUGGGACCUGCUGGGAGGGAAAACUCCCUACGCCAAUGACAAAAGACUACAGCAGGAAAUCCUAGAUGUACAGCCCCGCCUCUUUGAGUGUUCCAACAAGACUGGCCGGUUCCUUGUCACCGAGAUCGCAGACUUCACCCAGGAUGACCUGAGCCCAGGGGACGUGAUGCUCCUCGAUACCUGGGACCAGGUGUUCCUGUGGAUUGGGGCUGAGGCCAACGCCACAGAAAAGGAGAAGGCCCUUGCUACCGCCCAGGAGUACCUCAGCACUCACCCCAGUGGCCGGGAUGCCGACACACCAAUCCUGAUCCUUAAACAGGGGUUCGAGCCACCCAUCUUCACAGGCUGGUUCCUGGCUUGGGACUCUCAUGUCUGGAGUGCAGGAAAAUCCUAUGAGCAGUUAAAAGAAGAGCUGGGAGACGCUGCUGCUAUCAUGAGAAUCACUGCUGACAUGAAGAACGCGAGCCUCUCCCUGAAUUCUGAUGACAGUGAGCCAAAAUAUUACCCUAUAGAAGUUCUACUGAAAAAUCAGGAUCAGGAGCUGCCUGAGGAUGUGAACCCGGCCAAGAAAGAGAAUUACCUCUCUGAGCAAGACUUCGUGUCUGUGUUUGGCAUCACAAGAGGGCAGUUUUCUGCUCUGCCUGGCUGGAAACAGCUCCAACUGAAGAAAGAAAAGGGGCUUUUCUAAGGCGAGAAGGCAUAUAUGCCUACUUCAAGACCACAGAAGAGAGCAGAUAGUGCCAAUAUCAGCAAAGCAUUUAUCUACCAACUUUUGCCUGACACUGAGCUACUUAGUCUAGAUACAAUAGAGUCUGCAAAUCCCAGCAUGUUGUCCAAUUUUUCUCAUCCUUGUAUUCCUUGGUUGUUAUAUUAUAUAUAUGUGUGUGUAUAUAUAUAUAUAUAUAUAUAUACACACACACACAAUGUGUUAACGAACUGCUUUUUGGGUUUUGCAACCUUAAAGCUAAAGCCCAUCAGAAAGCACUAACACUGCAUGAAUCUGGAGAAGCCAAAACAAAGAGAACCAAAACACUAAGCUUAAAAAUGUUUGCUAUUGGGCCAGGACAAUGCAUUUUACAUGUUAAGAUCAGUAUUUCUAAAACUUAUUUCAUUCAAAAAUCAUUGAAGUUAUUCCCAUUUUACACCCCAAGAUCAAAAUCCAAAUGCCCGGAUCUGUUAUGUGC